GUACGAUGGCCAUGUCUCAAAUUCCCAAUAAAAUCUGCACUGGCUGGAAUGGAUUUCGUUCAUAUCCUGCAAAGCUAAAUUGAAACGAGAAUCCAAUCCGAUCUGACUGGACUCGGAGAGAUUGCAAUUUCACUUUAUUUCGCCAAGUCGUUUUUUAACUAAUAAAUAUUUAGCAUUGCGGUAUACGCAACGCAAUCCACGAAUAAUUCAAUUCAACGAAACUGUUCAAAGUUAAGUACAAGAAAUGCAAUGAGCUCAUCCUCCUCGUACAAAUAAUAAUACGCAGAAGUAGCCAGACUAAUGAAUUCUCUCUGCUCUUCUCUCUCGUUUGUGAGUGAUUAAUUUUAAUUAUGAUGACUUUUCUUGGCUGAUAAGACCAACACUUUUAGUUGAAUAGUUAAAGUUAAGUGUGUUACGUUACGUAAUAAGAAAAUGGCGAAAAUAGGGGAGUUUAGAUUUGUACGGUGGGGAGAAAGUGAGGAGAAAGUUGAUCUGGACAAGAUAGUAAAAAGUACAAUAUUUUAAUGAGUCAAAUUAUUAAUUUAAAGCAAAAAAUUGUAGUAUUUAAUUGCCAGUGAUUGUUUAAGUCAAUAAUUAAUACGUAAUUUGAGAGAAAGGUUUUGAGUAAGUUGAUGGAAAAUAUUUGUUUUUUAAUGGAACAAUUAAAUAUCUGUCCACUCUCUGACUGUGUCAACAAUAAGUCAACCAAAUUUCAAUAAAUCGUGACAGCUAAUUUAUUUAAAGGGUGAUUUAAAACGAGGACAAUAAUAAAAAUCUGUAUAAACGAAUACAAAAACAAAAAUGUCGUCAAUUCGUGGCCUUUGUGUGGCCUUUUCGUGCCUUCUUCUUCUCUCGUCCCCACCGGGGGGCGAUGCUACGUUGCUAAAAGUCCUUUCAAUCCUCAACCCCGACGAAGAACCAGUGUUUUCAACAAGCUGUAAAUGGAAUCAGGAAUUGAUGCGAAAAUCUCCAGAAGAUUUAGAGGGUCUCCUCGUCCAUUCCUAUCCUAAAGAUGCCUGUUCUUCCAUCGGCCCGCCGCCACUGCCGCCCUCAUCCAACGGUAGUUAUCCCAUCGAACCUGACUGGAUUUUAAUAGCAACCUGGGACAGGGCCGAUCGAUGCACCCUUAUGACCAAAUUGACCCUCGCGGACAAAGCAGGCUACUCCUCUGUCGUAAUCCAGCUUGACGAAGAUGACGACACCGUCGACACGGCCUUCUUUGCUGGGGACGAUUGGGACAAUAAUCUCUCCAUUUAUCCCUGCCUCGUGUCCAGUCGGGAUGGAAAACUUCUCUGGGCAAAUUUCACCACGGAUGAAUACAUUAUCCGCUUUGAGGACGAAUCCAUCGACACGUGGACGAGACUUUUUAUCACCACGUUUUUAGCCCUUAUCGCCAUCCUGUUGGCGAUUGCGUUGAGCUACUGCGUCGUCCAGAUGUUCAUCCUGCUCGUGGUUUGGAUCCGAAACACGGUCGUCGACUAUAUCGAAACGCGUCGCUUAAACCGUCGCCGUCGCUUGCCGUCUAGUCAACUGAAACGAAUCCCAGUGCAACAGUGGAGCUCUGCCAUUCCGCAAGAUAUGUGCACAAUUUGUCUCGAAAAUUACGUAGAUUUAGACAAAGUCCGCGUCCUUCCAUGUUCACAUGUCUUCCAUAUGACCUGCAUUGACCCCUGGCUGCUCAAUCAGCGUCGCAAGUGUCCCAACUGCAAGAGAAAGAUUGUCUUCCCGGAAGAGCCGUAUGAUUCAGAUUCGUCCACGGAAGACGAGAGGACGCCCCUCCUUCGAAGGGAGACUGGUGGAUCAUCGUCACAAUUAGACCACGCGCUUCCGGGCGGGUUAACGUUCACUUUCAACGAAAGCGACUUUACCAACCAGCAGCAACCCAUUUACCGUGCCAUUCAUCGCAUGAUGAUCGAAGCCAACGCGCGUCAACGGGCCGCACAGGAGCAAAGGGUACAAAACCAGACGGCUCGCCGCCACUCUGCAUCAUCCCCAGGAGCAAUAAGUCCCUUGCCGUCGACAUCAUCAUCUUCUGCCUCCCCAAUAAGUGCCGCCAUCCUGCAGCACUCCAUCCGACACAAUCGCCUCUCCAGAUUCUGUCCCAGAAAGCGACUCCCGCAAAGCUUAUUCGGUGGUGGUGGUGGUGGAACUAGUUCUGCCACGGCCACCGCCUCCACGUCGACAAAUUCCAUUGAUGGAGAUUACCUCGAAGACACCACCGCCACAGGGGCAACGAUGACAACAACCAUCGGUCACGACAACCCCAGCUAUUCUUCCCCAUCGAGGAGUAAUGAAGCCCACAACCGAUUUCUGGCCGAGGGGAUGCAAGCAUAUGAAGAUUGCGGUGGCGGUGACGGCAACCAUUGUACAAAUGUUAUGCAGACUCUGCAACGCUGUGACGAAACGGUGGCAAGCAUAGAAGGCGAGGUGUGUGAAGUUUCACCCCAAAAUGAAGUACAAGAUGGACAAAUUCAUCAGUUUGGAGAAUAAAUUAAGUUACAAGUCAUUCAUUAAAUAUUGACUGCGACGAAGCGGAAGCUAUAGGUCUGCUGGAAGAUUUUGUUAAGUAGCUCAUUUCAUAAAUAUUUCACUAAAUAUCUUUCUCCAGUUUUCAUUUAGUCAGUAUUAUUAUGUAAAUCCUCCACUUUUUACAGUGGUAGUUUGUAAUAGCAGAUCAGUAAUAAUAACAACUUUUGCAAUAAGUUGUGGAACUUGGUGUACAGAUUUUUGGAGAUUGAAUCAAUAUUUUUCGUGCGUGGUCGUGGUGCUGUGUGGUCUCGUAUUUUUUACGUGACAUUAAUUCUUACUUUAUCAUACCCUUUUUGUGAUAAUUUUUAUUUAAACAUUUUAUUUAACCCGAAAUAUUUACUGUGUGAUACAAGUUUUGAGACUUUAAUUUUUGUGAUGUGAUGAUUUUAAAUAUCUGUAAAUCUCAGAAAUUUUAUAGAUUUAGUUACUCCUUUGAUUAGGGUGCAGCUCCAAGUACUGAACUGAAUAAAUGAGAAAUGCUUAGCUAGAGAUUGAAAAAGUUGACCAAGAAAUUCUGUGCAAUUCAAAUUUUACUCAAGUAAAUAUGUAUUUGUCAUGAAAGAAAAUUGUGUAAUAAAAAAAUGACGAAUA